AUGACUGCGGCGCCCAAGGGAAACAAGCCCGGCAAGGUGGCCCCGUCGUCGGAUCUUGCCAGACACUGCCCGACGGCGUUCUCUCUCUCGGACGAAUCGCGCGAGCUGUACUGGCCAGAAGUUCAAAUGUGCGAGGAGGACGACGCUAUGGUCUGCCGUCACCAUCCGGGCGUGCCGGCCACCAUGUGCCGGGUCACCUCCCUCGCCCUCGACACCCGCAAGGUCAAGGUCUCGACAGGCGCCGAGAACCUCUACGAUGUCGCCGGCCGUGAGGAGAGCGACGAGUACCCCGAGUAUACUGCUGGGGCGUGGGAGGCUAGGGCUUGUUCCAAGUUUUCGGAGAAGGCUCCGCUCGUCCCCAUGCUCAACCACCUCGAGCACAUGAUCAUGCCGAGCAAGCUGGUUGUCGGCGAGAGCAGCGGGCCGUGUGACGCUACAGAGACACGUCCGACGCUCUUGGUGCAGCGGUACGAGUACUGCAACCUGUUUCACACCAUGACCGACUGGUACAACACGUAUCUGGCUCUCGAGAUGUUUGACGUCCACUCCCGCGAAGAGGUCGUUAUUGUCUGGCUCGAUGGCCACGCCGCCGGCAACCUUGACGAGCCGUGGACAGACAUCUUUGCGCCCGCCCAGGUUUUGUACCUCUCACAGCUUCCAAGAGGCCCUCCCGCACCCAACACCACUCCGCUCGCCGCAAACCCAAUUGUUGUCACCAUCCUCGUCCGCAAAGAUUAUGUCGCCCAUCCGCGGAACCUUGGCGGCUCAGCCGAGCGCAAGCUGGUCAACUGCAACGAGCUCGCCGCCACCCUCAACGCUCGCAGCGGCUUCCAUGCCUCGUGCUAUGUCUUUACCGAGCUCACCUACGGUGAGCAGCUCCGCAUCGUCGCAGCCUCACACAUCCUCACCGGCAUCCACGGCGCCGGCCUCUCGCACGUCCUCUUUAUGUCCAACGACGUCCCGACCGGCCUCCUCGAAAUCGUUCCCGUCGCUUAUCGCCGCCGCCACCACUACCAGAACUUCUGCCGCUGGGCCGACCGCGUCUGCCAGGUCCUCUCCAUUCCACGCGCCACCCGCCGCCACGAGUAUGCUGUCGACGUAGACAAGUUUGUCAACGCCAUCACCGACAUGGCCACCCGGCUCCGUGGGCUGGCAGGAACCAGAGCCAACGCGCCUGCCGACUCGGCCGUUACCGAGUGGAUUGAGCCGGUCUCGGCCUAUCCGCCAUCACCGGAGCCGCCUGCUCUCCUCGACACCCAGCUUACGCUCGCGCGGGUUGCGGCGGCAGCUGCUGACACCGACGCGAGCGCCGAGCCGCUGCUCUGUGUCCUUGUUCCCUUCCGCGACUCGCCGUCGCUCUCCACCCAGGGCGCUGGACGUGAAGCUAAUCUCGAUGAGUUUGUGCCGUACAUGGAGGAGUGGCUGACCGACGCCGGCCGGCGGUUUAAGAUCAUAGUGGCCGAGCAGGACCAGGGCGGGUUCUUCAACAAGGGCGCCAUGUUCAAUGCCGCCUUUGUCCUCGGCGUCAACAAGUUUGGCUGCGAGUACGUUGUCCUCCACGACGUCGACCAGCUGCCGACUCACAUGACCAACAACUACGGCUGGCGCGCCGAGCCUACCCAUCUCUGCGCGGCAACGACGCAGGACGGCUUUACCUCAUACUCGGCCAUGGUCGGCGGCGCGCUGCAGAUGCGCGCUGAAGACUACGUCAGCGUCGGUGGCUUCUCCAAUGGCUACUGGGGCUGGGGCCGCGAGGACGACGACAUGUAUCUGCGCAUCACCCACAAAUUCGGUCGCACUGGCCUCAAGCGCCUCUCCCGCACAGAGGGCCACUACCGCGCCCUCCCGCACCCGCGAGUCAUGGGCCUCGACGCCACAAAGCAGUUCUCGGCUUCGGGCGACCUCCUCCAGCGGAUGCGUCGCCACGAGAUUGACGUCACCAAAGACGGCGUCCAGUCGCUCAAGGCCGAACUUCUCGCCCAGACCGUCACCCUGCCAAACUACGCUCGCUUUGUUAUUCGCAUCCACAGCCGCGACAACCUCGUCGAGGACGCCGCUGAUGCCGUCGCCAAGGUCAAGGAGCUCGUAGGCGAGUCGGCUACGCCUGCGCCCACUCCCGCGCCCACUCCGCAGCCGACUCCGCGGCGCAAGCCACCGGCGUUGUUGCCCAACGGCUCGCCGCGUCCAGAGACCGCCGGCCUCCAUCUUGCUGCCCUCGACGUCUCAGACGGCGCUGUCAAGGUCCUCUUCCACACCGUUUUUGACACGAGCGUCGACAAGGAUGCUGCCGACACAGCUCGCGACGCCGUCUCGCGGCUCGACAACGGCGUCGUCCUUGCCCUUGCCGUCGCCGGUGACGCCGCCGCAAAGCUCCGCACCACCAAUCGGCUGUUCAUUCAAAACGUCUUUGGUGGCCGCCACCUCACAGAAAUCGGCGUCCGGUCCUCGUACUGCGCCAUCAGCAAGGUCGGCGCCUUUGCUCCGCUCUCAGAGCAGCUCACGCCCGCGGGCCAAGGCGGCGCCGGUUGCGCUGCUCAGCUCGCCGGCAUGACUAUCGAAGCCAACUCGUUUGGUGGCGACGAUGGCAGCCUCGCGUGGGUGUCGUGGCGGAAGGCCGAUCUGUGAUUGGACUUUGAUGAUCUCUAUUUGCACAGCCGCUCGGCAAGCGCAACGACAACAUGAUGCCAUGGUGCGCCGGUCUCGGCCUCUAGCCCCACUUCACACGUCCGCGAGCAGCUGACCCCGCGGGCCGGGGCGCGAGCAGUGAGACUGGCCAGCGCAGAUGCGCGGAGCUCGGGGAACCGGAGCCCACGAUCACCGGCCAUGCCGCAACAUGCCACGUCCGAGCCCACCACUCCACGCUCACCCCACAGCCGCGCAGCGACAGACUGGUACACUCGUUCAAGGCCGGCCACCUUGGACGCCGAGCACGGAAUGUGCAACACUACUGGCUCGGCUGCCGGCUGCGGCGCGAGCUCGGACAGCGCCGGAAAGUGCCCCGACCGUGCUGCCAGAUCUAGGUACUCGACGACGUCAUAAACGGGAACACCACCAGCACCAA